AUGCAAAUCAAGUUUUAUCAAUUGUUUUUCUUUGUGAUAUGUCAACUUUAUGAAGUCGGGCACAGCUUUGCCGUACAGGAUAAUGAAUCUUUUCUUUCAGAUAGACCUAAAACUCAAGAAUCGAGUUCUGAAUUUGUUUUGAUGACCCAGGAUAAAGUGGAAUUAGAAAGACUUUGCACGGAAAGAUCUUCUAAAACAGAUUGCAGUCAGAUCAUUAAAAAUAUUGAUGAGAAGAAAGGAAACCCUGGAAUUUUCAUGCGAACAAUCAAUGUAUUUACUAAUAUAUGUUACUCUGAUAUUACGUAUGAUCUAUUUGGAGACCUUAUACCUUUGAAAAGAAUUAAACGUAAUUCAAAACCACAAAUCAUUUAUAAAAAAAAGAAAAGUGUGAAAGCAUGUUCCGAAGAUCCCGUUCUUAAAAAUAUAUCAUACAUAAACAUCAAUACGAGUCCAACAAAACUUAAAUUGAAACAUACGAGCUUACCUGACGAAACAAACAAGAACAGGUUGAAUUACGACAUUCAAGAAUCUACGUUCGAAAAACAUGAAUUAACUCUUAAUUCGCUUAACAACAAAAUAGAUAUUGCUAACCCAGAAAGUGUUGAUUCUAAAACUCGAAAAGAAACUAAUGAAGAUGUAAUCGUUAAUAAUGUUGCUGUUCCUGAAAAAUGUAUCAUUGUAUUAGGAAAUGAAAACACUUCGAUUACUAGAAAAGAAGAAUGUGCGACUUAUUCACAAAAGGACAGUAAUAGGCCAAACUAUCUUCACAGGAACCCUGACUUGAAAUUGAAAAAAAAGGGCUUCAUCUAUGAAUCUUCAGAAAAAGCUCAUGAAGGAAUCACGGACACGGAUGUACCACUUAAGGAAGAAGGUACAACUUGUUCUCAGAAUGUCUGCAGUAGGCAGAAACAUCUUAAGAAUAAUCCUGACUUGGAGUUCGAAAAAAAGGGUUUCGUCCAAGAAUCUUCUCAUGAAGCAAUGAAUAUUGCCAAUGUUUUAGGAUUAGAUGCGUCUGUUACCAAAGAAGUGGAUGGAACAACCUGUUCAAAGAAUGUCUUCUGCGUCUGUUCAAAAUUGUCUAAAUUACAAAAAAAAAAUCAGUAUGAAGAAGAAGAACAAACGUUCAACUACGGUUCGAAAAAAAUGAAUAAUGAUUAUGUUGAAGAAAAAACUUGGCAAAGUGAGUAUUAUAUGAAUAUACUUGUCGAAAACUUUGAAGGGAUCAGAUAUGUGUUGCUUGAACGCCAAAAACAGUUGAAUAAGGAACCAAUGACUUAUUAUAAUUUACUAAAAAAUAUUUCCUCGCUGAUUGAGAAGAUAGAUCUUUUGAAAAAUAAAAUAGAAACGCUGAAUAUAAGCCUGAUUGAAAAUAAUAUUUUGACUCCUGACGAAGAAGCAUUGAUUACGGGAUCGAAGUUAAAAAUAAAUGAAGUUGACAUAAAUAAUAACAAGGAGGAGGAGAGCUCUAUGAAAUUCGAAUAUAGAUAUAUGAGUGAUGGAAAUAAGAAAUUUGUCUUUUCAAGUGCUUGGAGUCAGUGUGUUGUCUGCAUCACAGUCGCUAACAAAUUACAAGAAGCCUUCAAUGCCAUUCUCAAUAAUUUGGAUUUUAAAGACAUUCCACCUACUUAUUUAAACUUGGGAGAUGACUGGUGCUUCAAUUUUUCUUUAAGUUCUUCUUUUCCGACAACAAAUGAAUUCCAACACAACUGGUCUAAUUUACUCAAUGAGGAAGAAAUGGAUAUAGAAUACCAGCUUGAUUUCGAAAAUGAAUUCACUAAAAAAUGUGAUCUUUAUCGAUCUCUAAUCUCAGAUGAACACCUUUACCGUCAUUGGCUUCGUAAUAAUAAUGAUAUGGUGAAAACGAUUUUUUUCAGUGACUACACUAUCGAAUUUAAAUCUUGCUCUCCUUUUGUGUUAUGA